AUGACCCCAUACGCCGCCCAGCACAACGUCCGUCUUGUGCUACUUAACCUGCAUGAUUAUCCUGGUUCAUCUCCGUACACUCCUGCCGAAUUGGAUGCCUUACGUGGACCCGAGCCCGCGGCACAGGCUAAAGUGUUGCUAGCCUGCGGACUCGAACUCGUUUCCUUUGUCCAUUGGUUCAUCAUACAGGAGAAUACCCCAUCCAUUUCCGAAACACCAGAGCGUUUUGGUGCUCUGAUCGGCGGGAUUGUCCUUGUCCCAUGGUCUGCCGGUAACUCGCACGUAUUGUCAAUGCUUGCACACGCGGAUAAAGUCCCAGAGGAGACAAAGGUGUUGCUGGACUCGCAUCUUCGUAGCAUAGUCCUCUACGAUCCCUCCUUGACGACUGUUGGAACGUUGCCCCCGAAUGGGCUGUACAGCCCGUUACGAGAGCGUAACCUCACUACAGACAAAAUGGUCGCUAUUUUUCCGACGUGGGUCUCGUCCUACUUUCCUCAGGUGGACGAUCUUGCAUCAGACGAAGCUACGAUGUUAACCCUUGUCCUAUCUCGGGUGCCGCUGGAGUUGAGAGGCGAUGCUGCGGCUGCCCGUGAUCCUCAUCGAACAUCAACUGUUGAGCGUAUGGGCGCGGAAAUGCUCGCAAGUGUAUGGCGAGAACCUUCGCCGUGCCCUGUUUCACCCCUACUUCCCUCAGGGGAGCGGAGAGCAUAG